AUGACCAUCCAACAGAACAAGAUAAUCACCAUCUUCGGCGGGACAGGGAACCAGGGUGGUAGUGUCGCAAGAUCCCUGCUGGCUCACAAGGACGGCCGCUUUCAUGUCAGGGUCAUCACCAGAGACCCGUCGUCCGACAGAGCAAAGGCCAUCGCGGCUGAUGGCGCGUCGCUCGUCCAGGCGGAUGGCUUCAAUCGUGAGCAGAUGGCCGCCGCCCUCGCGGGUAGCUGGGGUGUAUUCAUCAACACGAACUCAGACGACGAAGCCCUCAAAUCGCUGGACGGACCCAGCGACUAUGACCUCGGCGCCGCGGUGAUUGACGCAGCAGAGGAAGCCGGAGUUCCGCACGUCGUGUACAGCUCCGGCCCUUCAAUCACCAAUGCCACCAAGGGCAGGAUCCAUCUAGAGGGAUUUGAAACCAAAUACCACGUGGAACAAUACGCCCGAGCAAAGAGCUUCAAGACCUUCACUCCCGUCCUCUGUGCGUCCUUCAUGGAAUGCUUCUUCUACGAACCCUUCUCCGACGCGUUCGGCGGGUUCCCAUGGACUCCCAACCCGAAGACGGGAGACAUCGUCUUCAGCACGCCCCCAUACGGCGGCAGAGGCGAUAUGCCCUGGGUCAGCGUGGAGGACGAUGUCGGCGAUAUCAUCCACGGCAUCUUCCUGAACCCCAGCGAAUAUGAUAGGGUUCUCGUGCAGGUGACCAGCCAGCAAAUUACCAUGCCUGAUAUUGCAGCUUCCUACGCGAAAGCCACUGGAAUUCCCGCCCGGUACGAGGAGAUGCCUUCGUGGACGAGUAUUCAGCCCAAUGGGACCAGAUGUCGGGAUGAGACCCGGCUCAUCUUCUGGAUGAUGAACGCGUGCGGUGGGCGCUGGUUUGCCGAACAUGAGAGUGAUAACACUGCUUCGAUCAAAUUGAAGAAUGCGGCGCUGGAGGCGAGGGGUCAGGAGGGCGGACUUAUCACAUUUGAAGAGUGGUUUAAGAAGGCGCAUGCGUUGAGAACCGAGUCUGCAUAG